GUCUCUCCUUCCUCCUCUCGCCCUCCCUCCCCUCAUUCUUCUCUCUGCUCUGCUCUGCUCUGCACUGCACUGCACGCGCGGUGGAGCAGGGCACACACGCAUUCUUCUUGCCGUGCCACCACUGCCUUUCCCCUUGCGUCUUCCGCGGGUUUGUCGUGGGAGAACGGCAGGUGCAGUUGAGAGGAGUUCAGGCGAGGCGAGUCAAGUUGUCCUGUCGAGGUAGGUAUUCCCUAGGAACAGCGACAAGCCUGACGGAGGGUAGUUUAUAAUCUUUUGCUUGCAAGAGCAAUCGCUACGUGCCUGAAUAGAACAGGGGAAAAGAGGGAGUGUAAUUGGCAGGUCGAGUGUGGGAGGAGACGACGGGUGCGGCUCUCAGGGAUCCAGAUUCCACGGUUUUAUUGUUCAGUAGCGGCCGAGGUUGUUGUGAGUGCGGUUUUUUGGUUUAAAUUUUCACCACCUUUGGCGCGUUCGUCUUUCCCGGUGUUUUGUUGCUGAAGGGGCUAAUAGUUGGAAUUCGCAGAUCUGCUCUAUUCGACGCAGUGAGACGGUUCAAUUUCCAGCCUUCUUCCCUUCAAGGCCAAUCGGGGGUUGGAAUCCCAUUGUUGUUCGCUUGUUAUUGUACGAGCUUAUUAAUUGCUUGCCAUUGGCUAUUACCGUGAUAGACCGAUUUCUUGGCCUAGUUAAGAUUAUUUCCUUGUCUGAAAUCUCCGGGUCUUCAUUUGCGCCUUCUAUCCCAACAGUGCAUUCUCCUAGUGAAGGAUUGGCGCUUCCCUGGUUUUCCCGUAGUGAAUAAGAAAAAAAAAAAAUGACAUGUUAGACAAGGACACUCCACAGCCUUGACUUGCGUUAAACUUGCAUGCAUUGUGAGAAGGUCUUGACCUCGAACUUCAUAGGAAUGCCAGUCAGGAGUGCAGAGGGAACGGCUAAGACGUAGCCAGCUUAAGAAGACAAAAGAUCUGCGGAUUAAAGCCGGCAAGAAAGGAAGAAACGACAUACUAAUCUGGUUUGUUUUCAAAGACAUCUCUCUUUGGAGACUUCCUCGGAGUCACUUAAAAGGACCAACGACUCCUACACUUCUGGUGACAACGGCAGCACUGAAUUUGAGAGGCCCAUGGAAUCCAGGCCGCGUCAAAUUGAGACUCAUCAUUCUCUUGAUGAGAGAUCUCUCAAUGACAUCAUAUCGUCAGGCCUGUCUUCGCCGCGCCCUCCUCGACAGUUGGAGACGGUCAAAAGCUCGGAGUGCUUAGAGGCGCUGCUUUCUCCGAGCAUUCGCUCGUCAGCCGGCACUCCUCGAGAACACCAUGCCUUUGAGCCUCAUCCAAUGAUUGCAGACGCAUGGGAAGCGUUAAGGAGAUCGAUGGUGUUCUUCCGGUCCAAACCCGUGGGGACCAUUGCAGCUUUGGAUCCGACGGAAGACUCACUGAAUUACAAUCAGGUUUUCGUGAGGGACUUUGUGCCUAGUGCACUGGCAUUUCUGAUGAAUGGCGAACCAGAGAUAGUCAAAAACUUCUUGUUAAAGACUUUGCGCCUUCAAUCCAUCGAGAAGCGCAUUGAUUGUUUCACUUUGGGUGAGGGUGUAAUGCCUGCCAGUUUCAAGGUCCUCCACGACCCUGUUCGUAAAACAGACACGAUGAUUGCUGAUUUUGGUGAGAGUGCGAUUGGGCGAGUUGCUCCAGUUGACUCAGGCUUCUGGUGGAUCAUAUUGCUUCGUGCUUAUACAAAAUCAACUGGAGAUCAUACUCUAGCAGACAUGCCUGACUGUCAAAGAGGAAUGAGGCUAAUACUGACUUUGUGUCUCGCGGAUGGAUUUGAUACCUUCCCAACCCUUCUAUGCGCAGAUGGUUGUUGCAUGGUGGAUCGUCGAAUGGGUAUCUACGGCUACCCGAUAGAAAUUCAGAGCUUGUUUUUCAUGGCCUUGCGGUCUGCAAAGAGUCUUAUCAAGGCCGAAGGGGAUGGGAAAGAGUUCCUAGAAAGAAUUGAUAAGCGACUUCACGCCCUCAGCUUUCAUAUCAGGGAAUAUUUUUGGUUAGACCAUCAACAGCUCAAUAAUAUUUACCGGUUUAAAACAGAGGAAUAUUCACAUACGGCGGUGAACAAGUUUAACGUGAUUCCGGAUUCCAUUCCAGACUGGAUUUUUGACUUUCUGCCUUUGAAGGGUGGCUUUUUUAUUGGAAACGUUAGUCCUGCUCGCAUGGAUUUCCGUUGGUUUGCUAUCGGAAACUUCAUGGCUAUUCUGUCUUCUCUUGCAACGUCUGAACAGGCGUCUGCUAUCAUGGAUUUGCUUGAAGCUCGAUGGACUGAGCUCGUUGGCGACAUGCCUCUAAAGGUUUCUUAUCCUGCAAUGGAAGGGCAUGAGUGGCGCAUUGUCACUGGAUGUGACCCGAAGAACACCAGAUGGAGCUAUCAUAACGCUGGAUCUUGGCCAGUCAUUCUUUGGAUGCUGACAGCCGCAUGUAUCAAGGCGGGGAGACCGCAAAUUGCAAGACGGGCCAUUGAGCAGGUGGAGACUAGAUUGGCUAAGGAUGGGUGGCCUGAGUAUUAUGAUGGAAAGUUGGGCCGGUAUGUUGGGAAGCAGGCUCGAAAAUUUCAAACCUGGUCAAUUGCUGGAUAUCUUGUUGCGAAGAUGAUGUUGGAGGAUCCUUCGCACUUAGGAAUGAUCGGACUUGAGGAAGAUAAGAAGAUGAAGCCUUCACUUACUCGAUCCGCAUCAUGGACAGCUUAAAACUGAGGAUUCCCGUAGCUUAUCUGUUGUAUAAGUAUCCUAUCAUAAACUGUGCCUGUCGAAUCCGAGUUUGAGCUGGCGCAAUCAGAUGAAACGGAGCAGGGAGAUGAUCUUGAACAAAGAGAAUUUACUCACUGAAGUUCUCGAAUUCCUCAACUUGUGGCCAAUUCUUGGUUCACGAGAUGAGGGCAGGACAUGGAAAUGCCUGUACAACAAUUUAUUCAUGGACCUAGUCGUGAAAGAUGAAGAUAAGGAUAGUCAUUCAUGAUUUUCUUCAUUCAGAGUAUGACGGAAUUGGAAGAUAAAGCUCCAUCUUUUGAAUGGUGGGCAGGUGUGAAGCGGGACGAGGGCAAAAACAUUUGGGAUCAUCCUUGACUGGAAUGGGAGUGGCUUCAUUUUUACUUGUGAUGCCUCUCCCGCCCGUGGAAAUUGAACUUUUAUGAAGAUGCAGAAUGCUGACUCAACCCAUGUAACCCUCGUUCAAUUCCGUUACAAAGAAAGUGGCCUGGAAGGUGAAGAGAGGUGCCGAAAGACUGAUUAUUGGACGGCUCAUGUGGAUUAACUAGAAUGCAGGAGUAGAGGUAAAUAGGGGCCAUAAUAGGGCUCUACCAGUCUCACAUUACAAGAUUGCCCUUAGAUGGCUCAUUCAACAAAUUCAUCCCUCGUUGUAAGCUUUCUUAUGAUGGUGCUGCUUCAUCUAUUUAAUGCUGACUAUGCACCUAAUUGAGUUUGUCAGCUACUCUCUUUAA